UCCUCCAGGCCUGUAAACAUGAAGCCUGAGCAGCAGCAGCAGCUGAUGUGUGACGACCAUGAAGAGGAGAAGAUCAACAUCUACUGUGUCUCGUGUGAGACGCCGACCUGCUCCAUGUGCAAAGUGUUCGGGCGACACAAAGACUGUGACGUGGCUCCGCUCGGCAGCGUCUACAUGAGACAGAAGACGGAGCUGAGCGACGGCAUCGCCUUCUUGGUCGCCAGCAACGACAACAUCCAGGUGGCCAUCUCUCAGCUGGAGGACAUAUGCCGCUCUGUGGAGGAGAGCGGCCGGCGGCAGAGGGAGCAGCUCGCCGGGCACUUCUCCGGCCUGGUGUCCGUCCUGGAGGAGCGGAAGCAGGAGCUGGUCGGUCGCAUCUCCAGAGAACAGGACGGUAAACUGAAACACCUGCGACGCCUCAUCCGCCGGCACAGCGACCACCAGGAGGCGGCGGUGAGGCUGGUGGAGUCGGGCAUCCAGUCCAUGGACGAGCCGCACAUGGCCGUGUUCAUACAGAGCGCCAGCGUCCUUCUGGAGAAAAUGGCGGUGACGGCGAGGGCAUCGAACGUGGAGCGUCCGCAGCUCGGCUUCGAGAGCAUGAGCCACUUCUCCAUCGACACCGACCACCUGACGGAGAUGUUACAGAACAUGGACUUCUGCUCUGGUGUGGGAGAUGAAGAGGAUUCUGAAGAUGUGGGAGAAGAAUCAGAACCUGACUUUGGCUGCAGAUACUGAGACCUUCAUGUUACAAUAAGGCUUAAGGGAACAGAGAAAGUUCAGCCUCCUUAUGAAACCACAUUUAAAUUCACUAGGUCCACAUUCUCAUUUGAAACAUCACUAAUUUACACAAACUCAUAAACAUCAGUCCCAAAAAUAUGAUUUUUUUAUUGUUCUGUAAUAAAUCAACGGAAAUGUUGCAGAUCUCUUGAUGAUACAGAAAGUGAAGAAAGAUCCAAAUCUUCAUUCGUUCACCGCUGACUUCAUCUUCAGUUGUCAGUGAAUGUUCAUGAUAUUUGGGGGCGGAGCUUGGACAGGAGGGGAGGGGAGUUGAUCUUCCAGGAUUACCAACCCGAGCUUUAAUGAUCCCUUCGUAUCAUCUACUAUCACAAAGGAAGAAUACAUUUCGGCAAACGAUUUAAAAAAGCUAAAAUCUCUAGUGAACAUCUUGCAGACGCACUUGACGUCUCCAACAACUGAAACAGUGCAAAUGUGUCAGAGCCUGUUUAUAGAUGUUCUGAUGAAUUGUAAUAUUUAUUGAUAUGCAUCGUGUGAAGGCAGCAGCAGAGCAAAAGAGAGAUGAAAUCAUCUCUCAACCGGGCCGCUUACGUAAAGUGAGCGUAGAGGGAAGGAUUCCCCUCGUCCACUCCGGAGAGGAGACGGCCUCAGUGUGGUCAUGCUGAGUCAACAACAACAACAACAACAACAACAGCAGCAACAGCAUCGUCCUCCUCCUCCUCCUCCGAGCUGGGACAUGAGGCCGGGGAGAGUCACUGGUGAUUGUUGAGACGUGGGACGAUGACAAUGAUCUCAUCCUCUUCGUCCUUUGUUCCCUGCUCCAGGAAAUGAAUCCACACACCAUCAAUCACUCCAUCCGUCAGAUUCUAGUUCUGUAGAAGUCAAAUUCACAGUCUCAAUUUGGGUGAUUACAGUUUGAGCAUAAGUGUAAAUGAGGAGACAUAUAUGCAACCUAGUUUUAAUGAUGAUCCAUGAUUCAUGAUCCCUGGAUCUGCAACGACAAAGCACAAGGUCUCCUGGGAAGAAGUCGAGUCAGUCACAUGCAUUGAUGAGACGUUAAAGUGAUGAAGAGGAGGAGGAGGAAGAGGAGAAUCUUCAUCUUUUCCCCCCUGACAAUCUAGAGCAGGUCCAACCCGAAUCGGCUCAAACUCAUAAUCUGUAUCCCGAAGGCUUUUUUUUCCAGAAGAGAAAAUGAAUGGUCAGAAAUCGUGCAUUCAUAAACCUCCAGCGUCUGUUUCCUCCUUCGUUCUCUUUUGUUCGUUGUGUGUAAAUAUAUCUGCUUGUGUGUAGCUGACAGGAAACGUACAGUGGAUUUAACUCCGUGGGAGGGAAGAGAUUUUUCCUUCAUGUGUGUUUUCAUUCAGGAUUUAAAGCUCCUCUUCAGCAGAGGAUCCUGUGAAGUCCAGUGUUUGAGUUGGUCCAUUCUGUAACUUCUAUAGAAACAUGUGACGUAAAUAAAAAUCUAAGUUUGAUUGAGAAAUGGUUCCUUUGAAUUGAGAUUUUAUUAAAAAACAUCAAUUUACAUAAAGCGGUACAA